GGUCAGCUCUGCAAAACCAGGCACGAACCAGCGGUAGUAAUCAGCCACACCCACCUCUUCCCUUUUCGUAUUGGGGUGUGGGAAAGAAAUGAUGGCUGUUGUUUUCCCAACCUGUGGGUGCACCUGCCUACCUCCCAAGUGGUACCCCAAAUAUUGUACCUUCCUCCAUCCAACUGCACACUUCUUUGGGUUGGUUGUGAGCCCAGCCUACCUCAGGGACUCCAGGACCACGGCCACCUGCUGCAUAUGCUCCGCCCAAGUGUUAGUGUUGAUGAUAAUAUCAUCCAAGUAGGCAGCAGCAUUUGCAGGUUGUGGACGCAAUAAAUGGCCAUGAGGCGCUGGAAAGUGGCCUGGGGCACCUCCCACACUGCAAACAACAGAGGGCCUAACCAGCGAUCCCAGUUGAGUUCAUCCUCAUGAGUGAACUUCUGAAUCAUGGACUUUAAAGUCUGAUUCAUCCGCUCCACCAGCCCGUCAGUCUGAGGAUGGUAGACGCUGGUCCAAACAGAAUUAAUGCCCAGUAAUUUGUACAGCUCUUUUAGUGUGUGAGAAAUAAACUAUGUGGCCUGGUCAGUCAGUAUUUCUUUUGGGAUGUCAACUUAGGAGAUGACCAGAAAUACUGCCUACGCCACAGAAAUGAUAUGCAGCGCCAUUGCUUCGGGAUAUUGUGUUGCAUUAUCCACCAGAACUAAUACAAUCCAAGUGUACUCUGGUAAAAUGGCCCAAUGAGGUCCAUACCAAUGCGCUCAAAUGGGUCCUUCAUUAAUGGUAACGCGCGCAAAAGCUGUUUUGGAAUCGGCGACUGGUUAACCAGCUGACACUCCAUAAAAUCGGGCCAUGAAUCGAUCCAGAGUUUUUCGUGUCCCACAAGCCCUACCAUGGGGUUGUAAUGAGCCGCCUGGAAAAUAAUUUCCUGACGGCUUUCAGGCAUCAACAACUGGGUGUGUCCCUCUUCCUAGGGUGUCAUCCCGCUCUAGUGGGGUCUCCUGUGGAGUGAACCACUGGAGCCAGAAGGGGCUUACAAGAAGUCCCUGCCGUCUCCUUGUCCCCAGAGACAGCAUCAAACGACCCUGCAUCACCGCGUGCAGCGCAGGCACUACACGCUGCUAAAGGUCGUGAGCACAUCCCUACACACUCCUCUAAAGGUUAUUAAACCUCGGCCAAUCUGUCCCCAGAAUUAAGGGACAGAUUGUUAGGCGUUGGCUAACUGCAGCCUUUACUUGUUUAACCAUUUUGUCCUUAAAUUUGAUCUGCAGCGGCACUACUGCAACGGGAUAUUUGUGAAAGUCCCCUCCUGACCUUCACCCACUCUGCCUCCAACAAUGCCCCUGGUCGAACCAGGGUUUGGUGCAUAUAGCCCAAAUGUUAAACUCUAUUUUACUCGCAGUUAAUCAGUUAGAACUAGAGUUAAGCUGCAGUUUAGUCACAUGUUGAAUAUGCUUUUUUUUCCAGAAUGUUGUCUGGAUGCCAAAAUAUGAACAAAUUCUAUAUAAAGGGGUAGGUGUGAAUCUAACCCUGAAUCUGAACCUAAGCAGGUCACCGGUAACCUGGUGGAUGUUAAGAGAUUAAAAAAAGAACCCGAGUCACACAAUAAAAAAUUCAGCCCAACCUGACCCAAGCACAGCAGGUCGGGCCAGCUCCUGUUGCGUCUGGCAUCAGGCAUCAGUAUCAUACUCUUCUGUUCACAGGGGCAGAAGAACGAGAAAGCACGGCUGGUUGUGGUGUGUUUUCUGAGUGCACAACCUGAGGUUGAUAAAACUGAUACCAUCAGUUACUAUCGAAUGUUCUCAGUAUAGCACCUGUGUGUUAUUCGUCAUACUGGGCUGAGUUUAAUUGCAACUCUGAGCUCUGAGUUAAGAGAAAAACACCACUUCCUGUGCGCCUUUGCCACAAAACUCUCUUUGACAGCAAAAACAAUAUCUCCAACCGCUCCUUGGCUUGUAAGGACUCAUUUCAUUGAAUUAACGUCUACUUUUUUUUCUUUCUCCAAACCGCACUUCUGCCUGCUUUUUUUCUUCCCCCUCCAUAACCCCAAACCUACCACCAUCACCUCCUUCACCCACUCACCCACCCCCAACCGGCUGUGGGAAAGCCAUUUUAUCAGCGUCUGUCCGUUGUUCUCUGGUGGGGAUAGAUACAGAGAAGAUAGAUGAGUGUUUUGACAUGGAGAGUGUUAGACAAACACUCUUAUCAGGCCCGCCACUUUAGGCCGACCCCCUGCCCCCCCUCGAAAAAGCUCUUGGUUGAGCUGAGGGGGAGCUGGAGAGGAGCGCAGGCAGAUUUUGUAUGUAUUUUGAUCAGAGAAGUAGGUGGACGGUUAUAACAAGAGAACUCCUCAAUAAGCAGACCCCAGGGCUGCUUGUUUAACUGCAGCAGCUGCUGUUAAUCCCAUCUAGUCAGAGUUCCCGUUACAGCACUCACUUGCAGUCUUGUUCAUUUAUCCUCAGAUGUGCAGAGACUCCUCUAAACGAGAGACUCUCACAGUCCGAGCUGUCUCUAAGUUUUUAAAUAGAUGGCUCAGUCCUCCAUGCCUGCCGGCUAUCUGCCUCUAUCUGGGCUGCAGCGGGCUCAGACCACAGCUGUCACUGCCAUCCUUCUGCACUUAUCUUUUCACUUUGAGGAAGUACACAAGAAGUUUCCCCUGUUUGAACCGGCCAGGACAGAAAGCGCUCUGCUUGUAUCAAACUCCCCCUGCUGUUGAGCUGCUGACAGUAUUUUCUGUUUGGGCUGAGCUCCUCUGAGGGUUCAGGUCAAGUUCAAGCCACAUGCUGAUUGAGUUUUUUGUCUUUUGAGCCACCCAUACGGCCUGCACUGUGGCUCAGUUUGAACCCGCAGGUUUAGAUUUUAGCCACAAGUCACAAAACACUGACCCUCAAAGCUUUUCUGAUGAAUGAUGACCUGGAGCUAAGUGAUGAAGGUGGCGACAGCAGUGUGGUGACAGUAAGAGACCUCUCUCCAGACACAGUAUGGGGCCCCUACCCAGGAAUCGUCCAAUCACAGAGCAGCACCGAUGAGCAGGAGACUGAGAACAUUCGAAUGACCGUCGUGUGUGAAGAUCCAGAUUGUUGGAUUAGUCGCCUCCCUCUGACCUCCGACGCCUCUGCAGCAAACUGCUCUAUCUACAGCCAAGGCGAGGACUUGUUCUGUAAGGUGAUGAAAGAGCUUACGGCCGGUGAAAGGCUCGUGGCGUUCGUGUCUCCUGUUCCUCUGGGCUCCUCCUCUCCGGUGGCCCAAGGCUCUCCUCCACUGAGCCUUGUCGCCCACAAACAACCUGUGGUGAAGGAGGAGCCGUCGUACCCGGCGGCGCUGCACUCAGAGAUCCAGCUACUCCCGCAGCAAGCUGGCAUGGCAGCAAUCUUGGCUACUGCUGUUGUCAAUAAGGACAUUUUCCCAUGUAAGGACUGUGGGAUCUGGUACCGUAGUGAGAGGAACCUGCAGGCCCAUCUUAUGUACUAUUGUGCCAGCCGUCAGAAGCAGCCAGCUGCAGCUUCCUCCCCUCCACAAGACAAACCCAAGGAGUCCUACCCCAAUGAACGCAUCUGCCCCUUCCCACAGUGCAACAAGAGCUGCCCCAGUGCCAGCUCACUCGAGAUUCACAUGCGCACACACAGUGGCGAGCGUCCAUUUGUCUGUCUCAUCUGUCUGUCAGCAUUCACCACUAAAGCGAACUGUGAGCGGCACCUUAAGGUCCAUACGGACACCCUGAACGGGGUGUGUCACGGCUGCGGCUUCGUCUCCACCACGAGGGACAUCCUCUACAGCCAUCUGGUCACCAGCCACAUGGUUUGCCAGCCUGGAUCUCGCAGUGAGGUGUACUCUCCGGGGCCAGGUCUCCCUAAGCUACCCCUGUCCAUUGGUCUGAGUCCAGGAGACUCUGGUGUUGUGCUGAAGUGUCAAGUUUGUGGCCACAACGCUGACUCACCUGCUCAGCUCCAGCAACAUGUACGAACUCACCUGGAAGUCAGGGUCCCAGCUGAAAGAAGCCCUACUCCUCGUCAGAGUACCCCAUCGUCGGUCGACCACUCCCAACCGUCUCCCCAGGAGAAGGAACCCCUGGCUUCAUCCAGUCCAGGCACAAAUGGAGGCUCAGCCACUCCUCGAGACUGCAGUCCUGCUGAUGACCAGAUCAUGGAGUUAAAGAUCAAAGAGGAGCCUCAUUCAGAUUCAGACACAGAAGAGCAGAAAAUGGAGAUUAAGGAGGAUGGAGAGGAGGAGGAGAUGGGUGGAGAGGAGGUAGAUCAAGAGGCAGGAAGGAACAUAAAAGAGGCGCAAACGACCUCCUCCAGCCAAACAUCGAACUCGCCGAAGAGUCCAGCUACAACAACAGUGAAGGCAGAACCCACUAGUCCCACCCCUGGUUCUAGCCCCGCCCAUAUGGGAGGUGCAGGCUCAGUUGUUCCAGGAGGAGCGCUGUUCCUGCCUCAGUACAUGUUUAACCCCGAGGCAGCCAUCUUGCCUCAGGCCUCGGAGAUCCUGGCUAAAAUGUCAGAGAUGGUCCACAGUCGCCUAAAGCAGGGCCAGACGGUCGCCCAGAACAACGCCGCAGCCUUCUUUCCUUCUGGACCGACUGCACCCACGGCAACAGCCACUCCACCUCACAAAGGAGCUACCUGCUUCGAGUGCGAUAUCACCUUCAAUAACAUAAACAAUUUCUAUGCACACAAGAGGCUUUAUUGCUCAAGCAGGCAUCAAGGCGAAGGUGCAUCCUCAGCCUCGGGCCCCGCAUUGACUAGAGACGCAGCCUCGGCCGCCGCGCCUUCUGCUGGGACAUGCGGCUCAUCUGCAUCUCCUCAGGGCGGAGCAUCAAGUAGGGCUGCCUCUGCCUCGCCGUCUGACUCCGAGCCUCCUGCAGGAAGUGGAGCAGCAGAAUCCAGGAGGGUGCUGGAGGUGAAGACUGAACCUCCAGCGGGGAGAGAGGGAAUCUCGUCCUCCUCUGAAGGGGAAGGUGCUGGUACGAGUGUGGGAGGAGGAGGAGGCGGAGGAGGACGAGCAAGUGAAGGCAGCCAGAGUCCUGCUAGCGGUUCCACAGAGGACCUUGAGGACGAUCCCAACAGAACCUUCUGCGAAGCCUGCAACAUCCGUUUCAGCCGUCACGACAACUACACUGUCCACAAACGUUUCUACUGUGCGUCGCGCCACGACCCGUCCAACCAGAGAGCCGUACACAUGGCCAAGACGACCAACACAGCCGCCUUCAUUCCGCAGCCCAUCCGAACACGCAAAAGAAAGAAGAUGUAUGAGAUUCACAUGGCAAGAACCGAGGCGUUAGCUAAUGCUGCCGCUGCAGCAGCAGCGGCAGCCACUGCCGCCGCCUCUGCUCCAUCCCCCUCGGUUCUGGGCUUGGUAGUAAAGCAGGAAGUCUCUCCCAGUGGUGCAGGUGGCUCAAGCCCCGAAGGAGAUGGCCCAAUCGACCUGAGCAAGAGGCCCCGUCUCAGAGAGGCUCCACGGCACAGCGGCAGCGGUGGCGGCGGCGGCAGCAGCAUUCUCCCAGCUCUGCCUCUCACCGACUACCACAAGUGCACAGCCUGCAGCAUCAGUUUCAACAGUAUUGAGAACUACCUGGCUCAUAAAACAUACUACUGCCCUGCCACCACCCUCCAACCCCACACUUUGGAGCAGCUUCACAGGCUCAAGAGAUCAGCCUCCACCUCUCCAAAAAGCAGGCCUCAGCAGGAGCGUUCGGAUCUCCUGCACCCUGUGGAGAAUAAAGCUCACCCAGCUGAGUGGGUGGCCCAGGCUCAGGGCACGUCAUCCAGUCCUCACACCUCUGCCUUACCCGCCUCGGACGCUGCAUCUCCUUCACAUACAAAUACCACACUUGCAGCCUCUCCAGGAGCUGGAGCCAAAAGCGUGGUCACGGCUUCUGCUCAGAUGGUCUGCCCAUACUGUCCCAACAGGCCCAUCGCUGGUGACUUGAUGGAACAUUUCAAGACUACCCACGGGCUGGUCGUAACCAUUCAGCCACCCCAGGAGACUCUGCCCCAUCUGGGCAGAACAGCGAGCCGCAGCCCGAGCCUGAGUCCCAGGGACGGAGCCGCUGCAGCGACUUCAGCCACUCCAACCAACCAGGCCAGACUUGUCUCUCGAGUUCACAGAGACAGCAUCAACGGGCAGGGUAGGAGUGGUACAGCUUCCCCCGUUUCGCCCCUGGUGAACGGCAGCCCCUCCGCCGGGGGCGGAUCACCGUUAGCCAGUUCUCCUCUGCCUGUGUCUCCCCCACGGGCUCCGUCUCUGACUUUGUCACCUGUGCCUGAGGUCCUGAGGGAGAAGCUGGGAUCGUCACACGUUCCGGACAAGGCCGCCCAGACCGUGGCCUCCCACGCGAUCCCUGUACCCAGCGUCAGUCCUAAAACCACCCCGGUCAUCUCCCCUGUGCAGAACGGUAACUCGCGCUUCUGUCGGCUGUGCAACAUCAAGUUCAGCAGCCUCUCCACAUUCAUAGCUCACAAGAAAUACUACUGCUCUUCCCACAGUGCCGAACACGUUAAGUGAGCUAAGACACUUUUGAUCUUUCCCUUCCCUUUCAUCUUUCUGAGCGGAAGUUUUCCUUCACUAAGUUUUAAAUGGCUCAGAGGGUCCUCCUCCUCCCCCGCCAGUGUCCCACAUAGGUGCCAAAACGGUGCUCGGCUGGCAUCACCACGAAUGACAGUGAAUGACUGUUACUCACCUGGCAAGGCCUGAUGCCUGGCUCCUCCAGAGCAGAAUUCCCAGGUGGUGUUACUCACAUACAGAAACUGAUAUUCCUCCUAUGGGUCAAAGUGUGUAGUACACUAAGAGCUGAGACACAUGCUACCUGCACACUGGUGUGCCCUCGUCCCGAAGAUCACUCUUUGUACACCAGUCGCUGAUUCAACACUUACCACACCCUCGCCUCACAGUAGUGUUAUUAUGGGACGCUAAAUAGAUGUAUGUCAACAACCCUUUUUUCUGUCUCUGAACUGAGCUUUUCAUGGCAGUAAUUCCAUUCUGACUGAUGAUGAUGAUGAUAGUGCAUCUCCAGUGUUUCCCCGCCCCCUGAGCUCUUUUACGUUCCCAGACCUAAACGGAGGAAUCAUUUCUCUUGUCUGGAAAAAAAAAGACUUGAUCAUUGUUGAUGUUUUUAUUAUCUGUGCAUAGUGUAUGAUGUCUGAAAAGAAAAGAAUUCUAUGCUUUUGGGUUCAACACUGGCUCUUUUCUGCUUACUAGAGAAGCUGAGGCAUUUUAGCUGACACACAGAUAUGUGCUAUCAUGAUGUUACUAAUUACUGAAGGAUAAUAUUUCAAAAUGGGACUUUUUUUUCCUUUCAUACACACAAAUUUUUAUUUUCUCUGUAAAAAAAUGCAAGGAAGAAGAAAAAAGAUGUGAAAUAUUUAUCUUUUAGUCAUCACUGAUUUCAUGUCAACAGAAAACUACCUACUUAGUGUCCGAGAGUAUUUGUAUUUUUUAUUUGUAUAUUUUUCAUACUGUUGGAAAGAACUGUUUGGAUCUGGGUGUGUUGAAGUGAAUUUUCUAAGUGUAGAUAUGUAAUAUCUUUUCACAGUAAUCACUGGGAUCACACUGAACUUUAUCAUCUUAGUAUUUCUCGUUCUGUUAAUGUGGGCUGUAAUCGAUGCCGUCUGAAAACCAGCACAGCGUUUCUUUUUUUUGUCUUUCUGUUUUUAACCCCACGAUUCAUGCAGAACAGCCGUUUGUUUCCAGACCGUCACGUCCGAACAUUGAAGGGAGCUCGUUGGACACCGCUGCGUUCACACUUUGGUGAGAGUGACGAAGCUUUCCAGAUUUUUAGGUUACACGAAAAUCCACAUUUUCAGUAAGAAGUUUGUCUUCAGAUACACACACACACACACACACACAGCUUUACAUUAUUUGUUGCAAACAUCACUCUCAUACUAAGGCAUAUUUAUUAUUAUGAUUGUACUUCUCUCCGGCAAUGAAGGCAAAACAGUGAACAGUCACAUGUUGGCGUAAGACCUCACAAAAGAAAAGUAAGCACAUAUAACCAUAUGUUGUGGCUGUGGUGUGUGUGUGUCUCAUUUGUGCACAGACACACCAGAUGUUCCCAUGCUGCUGUUGCAGUUGCAAUACAGUGUUACCUAGAACUGUGAAUUACGUUUUAUUUUUCCGACUUUGAUGCAAACUAACCUGUAGCUGCCGAGGGGUAAAAAUCUGCAUCUAGAUCACAGCGUUUAUCCCCCCCCCCCCCAGCUUCUCUCAGGAUUUUAGCUCUUUUCAUUGUGAGCCAUUAAAACCGACUCAGACUUUCAAGCGACACUAAAAGUACAGUUUCAUAUAGCAGACUGUUAACAAACCCCCAGGAACCCCACCGCCAGGUCUUCAAGAAACAAAUCUAAAUGUAACGUAAUAGAACUAAAAUCAUUCCUGGUUUUCACAGACUCCUUAAAUAUUCAGCCAAAUUUGACUUCACUUUUUGGACAGUGUGAGUCGUCCAUCUUUAUAUACAGUCUGUCUUGUGAUCCUGACUCGACUGGUUUGAGGUCUCGUCCACGCAUUAAGUAUAUUUUUAAGAUGCAGCUUUCGGCCCCUCGCAGACGGUUCCAGAUGACUGAAAAUGGACCUCAUUCAGAAAUUCAGAAACCAUUUAAUGUCACGAUCCCCCGUGUUUACAUGUUUUUUUCAUGACUUUAAGCUUGUGGUUAUUUUGCCAACUUGUUGGUUUGGCAUGCUCUUAACAGCACUUGGAUUUUGUUUUUGCAUUUAAUGCAGACACAAGUCCACGUAUGUGGGAACUAAAGCUGUAGUAGAAUUUGGACCUGGUCCGAUUGAUUGGUGUCCCGGGAGCUGCAAAGAUAUUAAUGGAACAGGUGUAAUAUCACCAAGAAAGCCUUUUGUGCGUCCAUCCACACUGAAGGGGUUUUUCUGCAGGGAAGCAGUGGAUCACCUGGUUUUAAGAAUCUUCAGCUGUUUACAAAUUCAGGGGGAAAACGUGCACCUAACCACAACCUGGGGGUGUAAAGGGGCUAAAGGAGCAUCAUAUUGGGGGUCAGAGGUCACUGGAAAAGUCUCAUAAGUAACCUUUAAAGAUGUAAGAAACAUGGCAAAGCAGUUGUUUACAUCCUGCAGUCACAGCAAGAUUAGAAAACUAAAAGCAUAACCCUUUUUAUGCUGUGUUCUUUUUCAGAAUCUCCUCAGAAACUUUUUUUUUGCCUCUAAAUAUCCAGAUUUUUGUAGUUAGUCUCUGUUUUUUAAAGAUGUUGAUUCAGGGACACUGGACCAAACCAGUGACAUGACACAGUGUAGAAUAAAAUGAUCGACCAGCGCAGUUUUAAAGGAUACGUAUACCGACUCGGUGGUUUCCAUACUUUGCUUUUAAAACCUAAGAUUAUAUCAUAUAGAUUCAUUUUUCAUAAUUCCAGUUCUUUUUAAAUUUAUAAGACAUUACCUGCUCCUGUUUAGCUUGGAGCACCAGUGCACCAGACUCAUCACACUGCUGUUUACAGCCGUGGUCUUAAAAGUAGAGAGAAGAACACGCCGUGAGCCACUUUUUCACUGCAGGAACUUUGCAGGAACCUUUGGAGGAGCUCAGGGUGUUUUCACUGUUGGGACUAGGGUCUAAAUGAAGUUCUAGGGUUUUUGUUUGUUUUUUUAAACUCUGAAAGUCCCUGUUCAGGAGGUAGCCCCACCCCCAAAAAUUCCUGAGCUUUUUUGGGGGUUGGGUACUUGCUUUCUGAACUUUUCUGAUUGGUCAACUAUUCCUAACAUUUUAAGCUAGUCUAUGUCAGCAUCUGCAAAAGCUUUUAAAAUCAUUUUGCUUUAAUUUUGGUCGAGCAUUUCUAGACUUUGCCGCUACAGCUCAUGCCUUCAGUGACUGUUUGCAAAGUUGUAAAUCACGAGCAAUAGCAGUAUCGUUGAAUCUCUUCAACGCUGACUGCUGUUAUGUAGUCCCCUGUCCCUCACAUUACAUGCCAUCGUCGUCUGCGUUGUUGUAUAGUCUGCAGCUUGGGGAAUGACGGAUAAAAGCUUCCUUGCGUCCAUGCAGAGGCCUGACUUUCUUAAUCAUCACAGGUCCUCACACCACAGUGGAAAUGCAGAAAGCCAAUGAUCUAAUGAACCUUUUAGUUCCUUGAAAAACAUUCUUGGCACUAAAGGUUUUUGGUAGUUUUGUGGAAAUCAUAGCUGCAGUCAUGUCACCUAGUUACAAAUGGAGGAACUGAGUGCUGAGAAACCACCCUUAGAUCUUGCCGCCUUUUCGUUGCACUGUUGUAUAAAAACGUGCUGAAUGUUUUAGUUUUAGCUGCUUUUUUUUUCUUUCUUUUUUUGGUAACGUAUUUAUGUUUUACGGCACUUUUUCCCGUCCAGAAUGCAUCCUAGCUCUACCUUGAAGGACGUUUCUGAAAAAUUUUAGACCUUGAAUAAAACCUUUCUUUGUUUAAUUGUAAACCUUUUUUUAAUGAUUUCUUUGAUGUCUGUAACGGAGAAAAUCACAAUGAAUGUCAACACUUUUAUGUCCAUAUUUUUCAUUUCAGUUCCACUACACUCAUCCAAACUAUGCAUGGGAAAUAAAAAAAGUUCUGAGAGACACUGAUGAGAAGUGUGGCUGUAUUUCUCUCUUUGGUGUGAUUGCAUUUCUUCGACUUUUAGGGGCAGCUUUAGUAGUUGCUUGUGUCUUGUCACUCUUAAAUCACAAAGGUUCUACUUUGCAGGUUCUGUUUAACAGUUUGUUAAUUUUACAUAAAAUAUAGUAUUUGUAUAUAAAGCAGAGUAAUUCUGCCCACUAAGAAGAUGCCCUCUAGUGGAGGGUAUCACAAAAAGCAGCCUGAAGCCAUAUUAGGGCGUGAUAGAAUCUGUCAAUGAUUUUGUUUAUGUGAGUGAUGGGUCUGUGUUUGACCUGACCACCUUAAUA